ACCUGGUGGGCGGGGUAUGGUGAGGCCUCUGCACGAGUGUUAGUCUGGUGUGUUCUGUGAGAGCACAGGCUGAAUCAUGGCACAUAGUGUUCAAAUUGGGGGUGAUACCAUCUUUGGUAAAAUUAUUCGCAAAGAAAUCUCGUGUGAGCUUCUGUACGAAGAUGAUAAGUGUAUCGCUUUCAAUGAUAUUCAACCACAAGCUCCGACUCAUUUUCUUGUGGUUCCAAAGAAGCCUAUUGCCCACUUGUCUAAAGCAGAAGAUUCGGAUGCAGAGCUUUUGGGACACCUGAUGAUCGUUGGUAAAAAUUGUGCUGCGAAGUUGGGCUUAACAAAUGGCUACAGACUCAUCCUUAAUGAAGGCGACGACGGUGGACAGUCUGUCUACCACAUUCACCUUCAUGUAAUUGGUGGACGUCAAAUGUCUUGGCCACCAGGUUAAUUGUUACUGGAAUGUUGCUUGACCGCUGGAACAGUUAAUGCAAUCUCUUAAAUAAAGAACAUGUUACAUGCUAUGGUAUGCCAAUCUCAAAAACA